CCCCCCCCUUCUCCCUUCCCCCCCUCCCCGACGCGUCCCCUUACCCCCUCCGCUACAUUGGACAUGAAUAACGUGGGGCAUCUCCAGACACUCCCUGACGCGGGCAUGAUGUUCGAGGAUUCUUCCAUGGACAACCUGGACCCGUCUCUGCCCGAGGGCAGCGAGAUCGAUAAUGCGCUGCUCAGUGACAUUGAUGAUAUGUUGCAGCUGAUUAACAACCAGGAUGGAGAGUUCUCUGGGUUGUUUGACAACCACUUUGGCACGAGCACCCCUUUGCAAGAUAGUAGUUCAUCAGCCCUAGCCCUUGACAGCCUCUUGGGGAAUAGCAGUAAGACUCAAAUUCCUGUGAAAAUGUUCCAAGGGCCUCCGCUCCAACAGCAGCUUCAACUUCCGCAGCAGUCACAACUUCUUCAAGCCCCUUCUACACAACACGUCAAGCAAGAUGCUGUUCAGUUGCAACAGGGCCAGCAACAGCAGCCUCUCAUCAUGGCACAGAGUUUUACAGCUUCUCCACAAUCACAGCCUCAGUUUGUGCAACAACAGCAGCCUUUGCUGGGUUAUCAAAACUCCAAUGGAUUUACAGCACUACAACAGGGGAUGCCCACACAGCAGCUCCAGGGUCUUGCAGUUCCUCAGCAGAUGCAGCCCAUGACCAUCCAGGCCCAGGUACAGAAUAUUUCUACCCAGCAUCUUUUAACAACUGCAACAGCCAGUUCUACACCAACUGUUUCAGCACAGCUCCAGCAAGUACCAGUACUCUUCCAGCCUCAGUUCAUUAAAGCUGACUCCUUGCUUCUGACGGCUUUGAAGCCAGAUGGAUGUACUGUUGUGACAUCAGUAAACUCCUCUGCUAUAACAACUUUACCAACAACCACUACUCCCAUUCAAACUACAUCCCUUCAGAUGCCGACUCUUGUCAGUGGGAACACAAUUUUAACCACAGUCCCACUGAUGGUAGAUGCAGACAAGCUUCCCAUCAAUCGUAUACUUGCAAGUGGCAGACCUGGCAAUGCAUCAAUGAAAGGGGAAAAACGCACAGCACACAAUGCCAUUGAGAAACGUUACAGGUCGUCUAUCAAUGACAAGAUUAUGGAGCUGAAAGAUCUUGUUGUUGGCGCUGAAGGAAAGUUGAACAAGUCAGCAAUACUCAGGAAAGCUGUUGAUCAUAUCCGCUUCUUGAAACAAGCCAAUCAGAAGUUGAAACAAGAGAACAUGGUGUUAAGAUUGGCUACCCAAAAAAACCAGUCUUUGAAAGACAUUGUGGCUUCCUCUGGAAUAAGUCUGGACACAAUGACAAAUGGGUUCAAGCAGGAACCUGAUCUACUCAGCCCACCACCAUCUGAUGCCGGUUCACCACCUCAGAACAGCCCGUUCUCUGUGAGCAGCAGUGAUUCUGAGACAGACAGCCCGUUUUUUGAUGAUACCAAGAUGUCUGUUAAACAAGAGCAAACGCUGCCUACCAGUGUUGGUAUGUUGGAUCGAUCCAGGGUAGUACUCUGUACCUUUGUAUUCCUUUGCCUUUCUUUUAACCCACUGGCGUCAUUGAUGGGUGGGUCAGACAUCAGGUCAAUGGAGAAUGAAGAAUAUCAUGGAGCAGGCAGAAGCAUGCUGGGAUUAUCUGUGGAAGUUUCUUCUAGCUGGUUUUCCUGGCUGUGGCCAACACUGAUCCUAUGGUUAAUUAAUGGGAUAAUUGUCCUGAUCGUGUUCAUUAAGAUCUUUGUCUACGGCGAGCCGGUCACGAGGCUACACUCUGAGUCGUCUGUCUUGUUUUGGAGGCACCGAAAGCAGGCGGAUCUGGACCUAGCAAGGGGAGAUUUUGCACAGGCUUCCCAGAACCUCUGGAUUUGUUUGAAAGCGUUGGGGCGCCCCCUGCCAACUUCCAAUUUAGAUUUUGCCUGCAGCCUAAUGUGGAACGUCAUCCGACAUAUUCUGCAGCGACUGUGGAUCGGCCGCUGGUUUGCUGCACAGGCUGGUGGUUUCAGACGGGACCAAGAGCUGAAGGACGACAUGAAGAAAUGCACUGAAGAGGCUGCGCUGGUCUAUCACAAGCUGCAGCAGCUUCAUAUGACUGGCAAAUUGGUUGGCAGCUACUUAACCGCAAUUAACAUGGCAUUGAGUGCAGUAAACCUUGCUGAAUGUGCUGGAGAUGCUAUCUCUGUUGCCACUAUGGCAGAGAUGUACGUGGCAGCAGCAAUUCGUAUUAAAAUCAGCCUGCACAGAAGGCUCCAUUUCAUGACCCGAAUCUUUCUGAGCAGUGCCAGGCAGAUCUGUCUGUCACAGAGGGGAACCAUACCACCAGCUAUGAAAUGGCUGUGCCAUCCUCAGGGCCACAGGUUCUUUGUUGAUGAGGACUGGACUGUUAAAAGCACCCCAAAAGACAGCAUUUAUAGUGUUACUGGAAACCCAGGAACUAGAGAGUGCAGGGAAACUCACAGGGGCCUCGGUGAGUUUAAAGGAAGUACCAGUAUCGGGGCACUGAUGGCUGGGGAAAAAAAGUGCAGAUUAUGGGGUCCUGGUUUAGCAGAGGAAGCAUGGUACCAGGGCCCCUCAUUGAUUCAGGUUACUCAGGCUUUCCGAGAACAUCUCCUGGAGAAAGCAUUAUAUUGCAUUGCCAAACCAGAGAACAGCAAGCCGGUGACUGGAGAGGGAGGAGAAUUCUCAGAUGCUCUUGAGUACUUACAACUCCUGAAUAGUUGCUCUGAUGCGGCCGCAAUCACCACACAAACCUUUGCCAUCGGCUCUAGUAUGGCAACUGUCACAGGCACGGAUCCAGUCACAAAGUGGUGGGCAUCCAUGAUUGCGGUUGCCAUCAACUGGUUGCAAGGUGAUGAUGAGGCAGCAGAACGUCUGUAUCCUAUGGUGGAAUGCAUGCCAAAACCAUUACAUGCAACAGAGAGUCAAUUGCCAAGGGCUGCGCUGUUUGCAUUCAAGGCUGUACGUGCAAUAUUGGGUAAACAGGAUGGCAGUCAGAUGAGCUUCUUGCACUGUGAGAAGGCCAGUGGGUACCUGAGGGACAGUCUCAAUAUGGCAUCCUCCACAUGCAACACCGUUGAUAAGGCAGUGCAGCUGUUGCUGUGUGAUCUCUUGCUCGUCACCAGGACCAGUGUAUGGCAGCAACAGUUCAAUGGGAGUCAGCCCAUGAGUGGCAUGCAUCACGCAUCCCCGCUAGAACUCAGAGGCUUUCAGCAGGACCUUAGCAGUCUCAGGAAGUUGUCUCAGACUUUCAAACCUGCCCUCCGUAGGGUGUUCCUACAUGAAGCAACAGCCAGGUUAAUGGCAGGAGCCAGUCCAACCCGUACUCACCAACUGUUAGACCGCAGUCUCAGGAGACGGGUCACAAACCCAAUGCCCAAAGAUGGCGAGACAGAGACGCACCCUGGCAGGCGUGAACAUGCUGAAGCUCUCCUACUAGCGUGCCGCUAUCUUCCACCAAGCUUCUUGUCUGCACCGGGCCAGCGAGUUGGCAUGCUGGCAGAAGCAGCCCACACACUGGAAAAGAUUGGUGACAAAAGGACUCUUCAUGACUGUCAGCAGAUGAUCAUGAAACUGGGCAGUGGCACCACAGUCACCACAAGUUGAAGUGGUGGUACUUUUUAAAGGGAGGUUCCACCUAUAUGCUGAAAGCACUGUGACUGUGUAGUGUACAUGCCCCCGAUGAAACAGCACUGCCCUUUUAAUAUCUUAUUAAAAUAAUGACUUGAUAAAAUAAAAAUCAUAUUUUCAUAGGUUAAAAGUGUACAUAAAAUAUUUAUAAUUUUUUAAGUCAAAAGUCAAAAUCAUUUUUGUAGAAUUAAAAGCACUUCUGUCUAGAUGCUUCCCCUGUAAUACUGCACCAAUGACAAAGCCUUUCUGGGCUGAAUUCUGUGCAAUAUACUUUGAUAUAAUUAAAAUAACCGAAAUGAAAC